AUGGAUUUCAUCAAGACCAGUUCCCUGCGUGCUCUGAGUGAGUUAACUUUCCAACGCAACUGGAACGGCCUCAUUUGGAUGAGUAGAAAAGGAGUUAUAACCAAAAGAGUGAAGACUGUCCAGACGGCUCUAUCGAGAACCAGCGGCCAAGCCGUGCAGCGGCUGGCCGAGAACGAUGUUCCGCUCGGCCAAAUCAAAUCCGUCCGUCUAAGUCUCGGCCAAAGUUCAAACCAUCCGGCCGAGCACUUCACGACCCGGGAAGCAAUGUCCCGCGGUCGGCCACGCCACGCCCACUCAAGACGAUGCCGCGCACGACCAUGCCGCGCGAGCCGGGAAGCAACGCCUCGCGGCCGCGCGUCCUUGCUGAUCGCGGGGUCAGGUCUUCCCUUUUCCUAUCCCUGA